UCGUUUGUGCUCAACAUAGACCAAUGGGGGAAGCAGUUGAUAAAGCAAAGAGCUUCAUUUCAAGAUACUUGGGCGAUGUGGACAAAUCGGACACGACCAAGCAAAUCCUAAUAGGAGCCGGAUCCGGUUGGAUUUCCGGCUAUUUGACCAUGCGUGUGGCCAAAACGACCGCAUUUGCGGUCGGUGGCGGCAUAAUACUGCUCCAACUGGCCAGCGAAAGAGGAUUUAUCAAAGUAAACUGGUCCAGACUGAGCAAGAAGCUGGAAAAAGUGGUUGAUCGGGUGGAGAGCGAGAUCAGCAAUCAGGAUCGCGCCUGGACCGACAAAGUGAUGGAUUUUUUCAAGAACAACACCCCGUUUACUUCGGGAUUUGUCGGUGGGUUUUUGAUUGGAACUGCUACUUAGAUGCGCAACUCUGGACGUAUUCAAUAUUUAAAUAAACAUGUUUAUUUGAGUAGA